AUGUCAGCACAAGCAGCAGCAAGAGCGGCGGCGCAAAUGGGCAAGUCCGCAGCAAAAUCCGCUGAUGGCCACGUCCUUAACAAGGGCGCAAAAAGAGAUCCGGAACUUUACGUUCUUUUCGGUGUCAUGGCUGGUGCCUUCGGUUUGGCGGGUUACUACUUCGGUAGUAAACCCACUUCGGCCACAUCAGAAGAAAAAGUGAGCAUCGCUCCUGGCACCAUGCCAUGGCAGGCAAAUGGCACCAAAGGCGAUGCCGCUAGACAGGACUUCAAAUACAAAUAUCAUCCAGCUGGUGACCCAAGAAAUCCACCAAAGGAGGCACCUAGCGCAUUGCACAGCGUCAUUGUUCCCAAUGUUAACUUGCCAAAGGAACUACACGAGAAAUACAACAAGUGGGGUAAGGAUGGAUAUUAG